AUGGCAAAGAAGUACCUGCGCGCCUUUACUUUUUUUUCCCUCUUAUUAAACAUAUUUAUAGGAUAUUCUUAUGCAUCUUAUUUGAAUGAUAAAAUAAAAAAGUCCUAUUGCAAGAAUUGUAAUGAUAAGAUAAGUUACAGUAGGUACUCAUCUUUCCUACAACAUGAUGAAAAAAAAAAAAGGGAUACUACUGCUAUGCUUGGCAAGCACACACAAAAUAGUGAACCUGAUGGGAAUGAAAAUGAUUUGAAGCAUAGCCAAAAAAGGGAGAACAAAAAAGGGGAAGUAGCAAAAUCAUUUCUGCAUCUUAAUAAUAAAGAAGAGAAAACUUUUUAUAGUUUAAAAUUAAAUGAAAACAAUUUAAGAUGGAGUAUACCCUUUCUUAUUGGGUUCAAACAAACGAAGGUAGAUCUAGGUAUCGUCACGUCUAGUCUUAUAACAGCACUGUAUUGUUCUUACAAUGUUCGAGAAGAUGAUGAACUGAAGAACUUAAAAUAUGAUAUAGAAAAAUCAAAAGAUUUAAAAUAUAUUGAAUGUAAAAGUAAGUAUUGUUUAGCUAUAAAUACAGAAAGUACAUGUACACCCUUAAAAAAUUUUUUUCAAAAUUUGCAUGAUUAUAAUAUAAAGAAAAGAAGUUGUAAGAAACGAUUUUGCGAUUACGUAAAUAAUACGAAUUUUUUAAAUAUGAAUAAUAGAUUAAAUGAUAGAGAUGUAUCUGUAUGCUCAUUUAAUACUACAAUUGGCAGUGAUCAAGUGAAAGGAUUUUAUUUUAAAGACAGUUUCUACUUAGGUGAUAUUGUUAAAGGCAAUUAUGAAUAUUUCGGAUGUAUAUCAGAAGGGAAUGAUUUAAAAUUUAAUGAAGUGAUAUCAGGAUUUAUCGGAUUAGCGGAUGAUAAAAGGGAAAUUGUUGACCCCAAAAAAAAUAAAUUCCCAUCUAUUUUAGACAUGUACAUUUUAAAGUCCACUUCUAAAAAAAAUAUCUUUGCAUUAUGUUUUAUUGAAAAAGGUGGAAUAGCAACAUUUGGUGGAUAUGAAAAAAGCUUAUUAAAAAAGCAAUUAGAAGUAUCGUUAUUACAAGUCCAAAGCAAAGAGUUUAUUGCUGAUGAAGCAUUACAAAUGGAUGUGGAUGCAGCUGCUGAGAAUUAUCAGAUAGUUUGGAUAAAAUACUCGGAUGCAAAAAAAAGUUCGUACAACUUGUUUUUAAAAGAAAUAAGGGCAAAAUCAUGGUCAAAAAAUGAUACAUAUGAAAUUGGAGCUGAUGCCCUUGUAGAUUCCUACAACUACUUUUUAUCACUCCCAGUUGAUAUUACGACUAAGCUAAAAACUUUCAUAUUUAACAAUUGCCCCAAAACGGACAGCGACUGCACUAAGUUGAUCGAGAAUGGGGUAAUGGAGAUUAAAAGCAAGGACAUAAGCAAAUUUCCUACCAUCGAGCUAAUUUUUAAUGAAGGAAAGGUAGUAGUUCAUCCAAAAGAUUACAUAAUAGACGAAGGGGAAGGAAAGUACAGGGUGUUGAUAAAUUCCUCCGGCGUAGUAAAACUGGGCAUCCCCUUUUUUCUGAACAAAUACUUAAUAUUUGACAAUGAAAAUGGGAAAUUAGGACCAUCUGAAUGCAGCUUAAACAUAGAUGAAAAAGAUAUUUCUGGAAUGGACAUAUCACUCCCAGGAAUAGAAUAUCCCGAUCAAGUCGAAUAUGAGGGAUCGGGAGAGGCAGGAUUUUUUGAGAAGAAUAAAACUGCAAUUAUUGCAUUUUCAGCGGUUACCUUUGUAACAUCUAUCGUUGGAAGUAUUUUUUAUUUUUUAUGA